AUGGCAUCAACUCCAGCACAGCUUGUUUUGCAAACUUUACAAUAUAGAAGCACCAUUUCAGGCUACAGUUCUGCCUUGUUUAAAGCUGUUAAGGAAAUGUAUUCUUUUCUUUCCCUUUCUUCCUUUCCUUCUUACCCUCCUCCUACUCCUCCUCCUCCACUUGCCAUCGGCCACCACAUCUCGACGUAUCCAGUGAAUGACCAUGCCAUUACUCGGUAUACUAUGUUAUAUACGUCGAGACAUCGGAAAUAUCACUCGAGAUUGUCCGAGUCAAUUUCAUAUCCUGUGACUGGAGUAAGGUGCCGUGAUGCACAAACCCGGCCCCUAAGGGCCUGUCUUGGCCGAAACCUUAAACCAUGCAUGGAAGAUGAAAAACCAAUCAAAUUGCCUGAAUCGUAUGCCAUGAAUGGUGGAGAUGGAACUUGCAGUUAUGCCCAAAACUCAUCUUAUCAGAGGGGAGCAGUAGAUGGUGCACAGGAACUCAUCAAAGAAGGAGUUGCAGCCAAACUUGACAUAAAACAGCUUUCUUCAUCUUCUUCUUUAAACCGAUUUUGCAUUGCAGACUUCGGGUGCUCUACAGGACCCAACACACUUCUGGCAGUGCAGGUCAUACUUGAAGCCGUGGAGCAAAAGUUCAAAUCAGAAAAACUAACAGCCCAACUCCCCGAAUUUCAGGUGUUCUUCAAUGACCAUAUCCUGAAUGAUUUCAACACCCUAUUCCAAUCUCUUCCACCUGAAAGACGAUACCGUGCUGCCGGAGUGGCUGGCUCUUUCUACCGCCGAGUACUUCCCAAGGCCUCUCUUCACUUUGCUUUCUCCUCUUCUUCAUUGUGUUGGAUCUCCGAAUUGCCGGAAGAGAUUCUGGACAGUAACUCUCCGGCGUGGAAUAAGGGAAGAAUUCACUAUACAGGAGCCAGAAAGGAAGUUUCUGAGGCUUAUGCUCUUCAAUAUGCAAAAGACUUGGAUGCAUUCUUGCAUGCAAGAGCAGAAGAGCUUGUGGGUGGAGGGCUAAUGGCUCUUUUGAUUCCUGCUGUCCCUAAUGUUAUGAUCUCUUCUGAGACUACCAUUGGGACUGAGAUCGAUCUUCUCGGAUCUUGCCUCAUGGAUAUGGCCAAGAUGGGAUCAUUCAGUGAAGCUAAAGUAGACUCCUUCAACUUGCCUUUAUAUUUUCCACCCAUUGAGGAAUUGGAGGCAUUGAUAGAGGCAAACACAAGCUUCAGCCUAGAGAGAAUGGAGAUCAUGAACAACCCUCCGAAACAUGUCGCCAUGCCUAGUGUCAGACAUCGCACACUGUUCUUGAGGGCUUGCUUCGAGGGACUUUUGGAGAAUCAUUUCGGAAGUCAUAUCAUGGAUGAACUGUUCAAACGUUAUUCUAAGAAAGUUGCCGAGUCUUCCUUCACCAUGAAUCCAGACAAUGAUAAGUCCAUUUUUAUGUUAGUACUCCUUAAGCGUAAAAGUGAGUCCCCAGAGACAGAUUCACCCUAG